AUGCAGCACAUUUUUAGUCUAGUAUCAAUGUUUCUGUUCAAAGGGACCAUACACAACCAUAGUCCUGGUCCUUGUAAAUAUGUCCCUGGUGUAGAAAAUGGAGCUGAAGAUUUGCAUACUUUACCAAAUGGUCUCACGUUUAUUUCAUCAGGUUUAACAUUGGAUAAUCCAGAUGUUCCAAGUGUGUCUGGUCGAAUUCUGUUGUAUGAUAUGUCUCAAUCUGGUGAGAAUGGAGCCAUUGAAUUAGAAAUUGAAAAUUUUGAUCAAAGAGAGUUUGUACCUCAUGGAAUAAGUGCCUGGGUUGAUAAAACAGGUGAAAUUACUAUUUUUGUUGUUAAUCACCACAAACAGAGAGAAAGAAUUGAAUCAUUUCAAUAUCAACCAGAAAAGAAGACUUUGCUGCACUUAAAGACAUAUAAAGAUGGAAGCAUGAGACAUAUGAAUGAUGUUUUAGCUACAAGCAACAAGACUUUCUACUUUACAAAUUGGUCUCACAGCAAAUCACUUUGGGGUUUAUUUCUUGAGAGCUUUUUGCUUCUUCCUUGGACUAAUGUCUAUUAUCAUGAUGGAGAGAUCUACAAGUUAGUGGCUGAGGAUAUGGUGAUGGCCAAUGGCUUAGCAAUGUCAGCAGAUGGCAAGUAUGUCUAUGUAGCUUGCACAAUGACCAAAGAUUUGAAGGUAUUUAGACGAGAAACAGAUAAUAGCUUGACAUUUCACCAGGAGCAUCUUGUUGAUACUUUGGUGGAUAAUCCAACUGUUGAUGAAAAUGGUGAUGUCUGGAUUGGGUGUCACCCCAAAAUUCUACCAGCUUGGGUUUACAUGUUAAAUCCUAUUUAUGGAGCUCCUUCACAGGUGAUAAAACUGGAGAUACAAGAUGGUUUGGUCAAAUCCAUGAAGGAAGUUUAUGCCAAUGAUGGUACCAUGCUAGCUGCUAGCACAGUAGCAUCUUUCUACAAAAACCAAACACUUAUCGGAUCAUUAAGAGAGAAACUGCUACUAUGUGAUGUACUUUAUGUGUGA